AUGCCUACGCAGCACGUAGAACCCGAGACUCACGGCCUGCUGCAAGAGGUUGCCAACUCGCUGCUCAAGGCGCGAAAGGUGGUGGUUGUCACCGGCGCCGGCAUCAGCACCAACUCAGGCAUUCCGGACUUUCGCUCCGAGAAUGGGCUCUACUCACUCAUCCAGGCUCAAUUCGACGCUGCCAACCAGCCUACGCGAUCGACCGACCGAUUCAAGACCGACGGCGACGGCAACGGCAACGGAGACGGCGGAGAGGAGCCUCGCCCGACGAAACGUAGGAAGGUGUCGCGGGAGCCCUCUCCAGACCUGGACGAGGUUGAUCGGCAGCUAAAUGAGGACAUCAAGGCGCGCGCCGAGGCUGAGAUGCCGCCUGCGUCGAGUCAAGCCGCCGACACGCAGCAAGCCAUGGCCGCAUCAGAUCUAAACGCGUCGGAGAAUGGAUGCUCGAGCACUCCGCGUCCCAAGCCCGCGCUCCCCUCCACGCCCAAGCCGACGACGACAUCUCCUCUGUCUUCUCCCCCAAGAGAAGAGUUUAUGCUUCCUCUGCCAUUGGCAUCAUCGUCAUUGCGAGCCGAAGAUCGCGAACGCAUUGCGGGUGUCUCUCAGAACAUAGUCUCGUCUCCUCUAUCUUCACCGCCACCGGUGCUCUUUGAUCCAUUCCACCCAUCCUCUCCUUCAGACGAAAACAUGAGCCGCCGCAGCAGCACCACGCCGUCGGAAGUCGACGAGAUGCGAGACUUACCAAACGCCAUGCCGGCCUCACAGGCAUCAAAUCCCGGAAAGACGACCCUUCCCAACAUGAAGGGCAAGGACCUCUUUGACGCCUCGAUAUGGUCGGAUCCUACGAGAACUUCCGUCUUUUACCAGUUUGCAACGUCCCUACGACAAAAGGUCCGCGAGGCCGAACCUACCAGCUCACACAAGUUCAUCGGCCACCUCAGGGAUCGGGGCAAGCUGGUGCGGUGCUAUACGCAAAACAUUGACCAGAUUGAAGAAAAGGUUGGCCUGUCGACGUCUCUGCUAGCCGGGCCGGGCAGUCGAGGUCGCUUCUCGCGCAAGUCAACAGCAAACGCGGCACAGCUCAACAAGAUGGUGGAAGAAGUAUCAUCCAGCGGUGAAGGCGGAAACGCUGGCGAUGUUGACCAGCGGCAGACAUCAUCCCAGCCCAAUGGUAAGACGGAAGAGGAUGAAACUACUACUAGCAGUACUACUACACCGCCAAAUCAACAGCCCAAGCCGGCCCCGAGAAAGGAGGUGCCGCCGCUGCGGUCGGGUGUGGAGUGCGUCUUCUUGCAUGGCUCUCUGCAGCUUCUACGAUGCUUCCUCUGCGGGCAGGUUUGCUCUUGGGACGAUGACGACCGCGAGGUGGAGACGCUCUCUGGCCAACAGCCUGAAUGUCCUCACUGCGUUGGCGCGACGGAAGCGCGCCAGGAAAGGGGCAAACGAGCCCUGGGCGUGGGCAAGCUGCGUCCCGACAUUGUGCUGUACGGCGAAGAGCACCCAAACGCCCACCUUAUCAGCCCCAUCGUGACGCACGAUCUCGCCUUAUACCCGGACAUGCUCUUGAUCCUGGGGACUAGCCUCCGGGUCCACGGCCUCAAGGUCAUGGUCAGGGAGUUUGCAAAGACGGUGCACAGCAAGGGCGGCAAGGUUGUCUUUGUCAACUUCACCAAGCCACCAGAGAGCUCCUGGGGGGACAUUAUCGACUACUGGAUCCAGUGGGACUGCGACGCUUGGGUGGCCGAUCUCCAGGUGCGCAUACCAAAGCUCUGGCAAGAGCCGGAGCCGCCAAAGCCCAAGAAGAAGCGCGACUCAGGAGGAGGGGCCGCUGAAGAGGGCCGGGAAGAGAAGAAGAAGCCUCCUGCGCAGAAUCCUGUUGCGUUGCGAGACACCAAGGUGAAUGGUGCCUACUGCACAUUGAAAAUCCUCAAAGAGUUACGAAGGAUCACGGCCACUUCGCCUCCCCCGCCGUCGUCUCCUCCCUUCCCUAUCGUCCUUUCUCUUCCGCCUUCUCUAUCAGCUGCUCCGCCUCCGUUGGAACGCGUCUCGGCUGCUGUCGUCACGGAGGCCAGCCCCAACCCCGACCCCCCGACUCCCGCUGAAGUGACCCCCCGUGCCGCCGCCGUCAUGGAUUCUCCUACGCGGAUCAGCACGCCACGAGGCAAGGCUAAGCGGCCACGCAAGUCAGCCCCGGGAGCCCUGGAAAGGCCCAAGAGAACGCCGUCGACAUUGAAUCCGAACCACGGGCGCUCCAAGAAACCAGUGGAGGAGGUCAAAGAGCAAGAGCAAGAGGUUCCCUCGACGCCUAGCCAGCCGCCAGUCAGCACGGUGGAAGAGUUCAGCUCCAUCCUGCACUCAGUCAAGUCUAAUCCCCGCAUUCGCAAGAGAAAGAUGAUUGACGGAGAGGAGUUUGUAUUCCCCACGAUUGGAAAGAAGCGUGGCGCGGUGGAUAGCCUGUACAAGGGUGCUGAGGACGACAAGAAGCAACUGCCCCCUCUACGUCCCGUCCCCGAUCAAGCAGCCGCAGCGGCAUUGCUACCAGCCGAAGCCGAAGCCGAAGAUGCGACGGAGGAACCUCUUGCUUCAAUUUCGGUCAAUGUACGAGCCGCAACGACAUUUACGCGUCCAGAGGCAUUUUACAUCCAGGACCCGCUGGUGACACUGCUGGAAAAGGCGCCACAGUGGAAGGCGAUGGAGGUGAAUCACGGCGAGCUUCGACGCAACAAGCGCCGCAUUUCCAAGAGGUUUCUUCCGGUCCAGGUGCAAAUGGAGACCAAGGCCCAGGCCGAAGCUAAUGCCGCGCUUGCGCUGGCCGGCCUCAGGACGAAUAGUCACAUGGUGCCACAGGUUGCUCAUGCAGUACCCGGCAAUGGCUAUACAGAGCUGGCCAACUGGGCGGCCACUUGGAGCUGCAAGAAAUAG